AUGCCCGAAGACAUGGAGGACAACGGAGCAGACGUCUCAGACCCUGUGUCCGAAAACGAAGAAGAUUCGGAGACUUUUCUCAAGGACGACGACGAGAGCAUGGCCGAUCCCGCGGGAGCCAAUGGCUCCUCCCAUGACAAGAAGAAGUACGACCCUAAAGACCCUUCGAGGCCGAGGCGGAAGAAGGCAAGGAGAGCCUGUUUUGCUUGCCAGAGGGCGCAUUUAACCUGCGGAGACGAACGGCCGUGUAAGAGAUGCAUCAAGCGUGGUCUUGCCGAUGCAUGCCAGGAUGGCGUGCGGAAAAAGGCAAAGUAUCUUCACGAUGCUCCUCCAGAGGCUCUUCGACCUGUCUUGGGUCCAAAUUUUAGCCCUCCUCUGUCUACAAAGACCAACGGCCACUCUGAGACUCUUAUUGCGCCAGCCCCAGGCGAUGGCUUCCUACCACAAAGAAACCCAUCGUUUUCUGUCUAUCCAAAUGUUAGCCAGCCGCAAGUGGCCAUUCCCGAAAACAUUCAUCUCAACCCUCAGGCUUCUCCCAUCUCACCCUCCUUUCACGGCGCUUCCGCGGCGGCGCAGGCACAUAUAAGCGGUAUGCUCCAAGGAGCUCCGCCCAUGGAUUUCAAUGCGCUGUUCGAUCCCAGUAACCCCGCCCUAUAUAAUUUUGAUCUUGAGGGUCUCAAUUUUGGCAGUCAAUAUGCUGGCUGGGAAUUUGGAAUCCUCAACAAGAUGACCCUCGGCGCAGAAACGCCACCGCGGGAGAAUUCCAUUUCACAUACACCAAAGACGGAAGCAAACUACGCAGCAAUGUUUGCAAAUGGUAAUUCGUCAUAUGAUGCUGCCAUGAUUGGUGGCGGCGACUAUGCCGGCCUCGAUCUUGGCUCGAACAUGUACACCCAGGGUAAUCUCCAGCAUGGCCUGCCUCACGCAUUUGCCAUCGCCGCCGGGCCAAAUAGCCUGGCCAGCCCGAGUACCGACACGACUGCGAGCCCACAGGCCAUCAUGGAUGGCUCUCCCAAUCCAACAGCAUUCCCAGGUUUGCCUACUAUGCCUGGGCCUCAACGCCACAAACAGAAGCAAGACAAGAUGCUCCAGUCUAUUCUCGGAAAGAGACAACGGGACUCUGCGUCUAUAUAUGCAAGCGUCAAGGAACCUUACCCAUAUGUUGCUGGAUUCCACAACAUGAUAUCAGUCAUACGCAACCGGCUGCCCUUGGGUAAGCUGUUGAAGAUUGCUCAGUCGUUGGGAGAGAUUCGGCCCUCGUUCAUCUCGUGUACCAAAGACUUGACCCGCGAAGAUUUAAUUUUUAUGGAAAAAUGCUUCCAACGGACGCUUGUCGAAUUUGACGACUUUUUGCAGCACUGUUGCGCGCCGACCAUUGUAUGUCGACGCUCUGGCGAAGUUGCGGCUGUGAACAAAGAGUUUGCCGCCUUGACGGGAUGGCCCAAAGAUGUCCUCCUUGGCAAGGCGCCUAACCGUAACAUCUAUACGCGAUCAACGGAAGAUGGCACUGACGAUGGCGAGAGCCUAGCCUCGUCCGGCCAAGUGACGCCUGCUGCGAAGAACCAGCCGAUGCAGCAGAAUAACAACUCGCGCCCUCAGCCUGUGUUUUUGGGUGAGCUACUAGAUGAUGAUAGUCUAGUCGAGUUCUACCGCGACUUUGCUCAACUCGCAUUCGAAGAUAGCCGAGGCAAAGUCCAGCGUAGCGGUCGGUUGAUUCAGUACCGAACACAAGAGAUGCUGGAAGCAAAGGAGAUGCUCGGACCGCAGAAACACCCUAGAACGGGUAUUCUGAGCAGCCGAGUCACUAUGAUUGAUAGCGAGCACGGUAUUUCAAGGAUUGAGAAGGAUGGGAAGAUCGACUGCACGUAUUGCUGGACGAUUAAGCGAGAUGUAUUUGACAUUCCCAUGAUGAUUAUCAUCAACUUUUUACCCCGUUAUCACCCUAACCAGGAACCUCAUCAGCUCGCUGUGUGA